AUGCUGCAGCCCCAGUUCAAGUCCCACAACACCCACGAGGUCCUGAGCAAGCUCUUCCAGAUCGUACCGGGCGAGGAUCCCUACCGCUCCCGCGACCCGCGCCACUGCCGCCGCUGUGCCGUGGUCGGCAACUCGGGCAAUCUGCGCGGCUCCGGCUACGGACCGGAGAUCGACGGGCAUGACUUCGUCAUGCGGAUGAACCAGGCCCCCACGGUGGGUUUCGAGGGCGACGUGGGCGGUCGGACCACGCACCACUUCAUGUACCCCGAGAGUGCCAAGAACCUGCCCGCCAAUGUCAGCUUCGUGCUGGUGCCCUUCAAAACCCUGGACCUGCUCUGGAUUGCCAGUGCCCUCUCCACCGGCCAGAUCAGGUUCACUUAUGCGCCCGUGAAGCCUUUUCUGCGGGUGGACAAAGAAAAGGUGCAGAUCUACAACCCUGCCUUCUUCAAGUACAUCCACGACCGCUGGACAGAGCACCACGGGCGCUACCCCUCCACCGGCAUGCUGGUGCUUUUCUUCGCCCUCCACGUCUGUGACGAGAGCGGCCGCCGGCCACAGGCACGAGGAGCAUGCUGCACGCCCGGCGCGGAGGGGGCCGCGGGGCCGACGAGCACCACUGUACUGUACAUAGAGGAGAUGUAG